UCACUUGAGAAUGUUCCAUCGUAAGCAAAAUUUAUCUUUGCUUUUGUUUUUCUUUCCAUAAUAGCAUCAAAAGUAUAUGAUUGUGAUUUUGAAUGUUAUUGGAAACAUGAUGAUAUAACAAAUCUUAAAUGGAUUCUUACAAGAAGUUUAAUAUCAACUUUAAAUACAGAAUCUGAUGGUGAUCAUACAACAGGAUCAAGAUUUGGUUAUUAUAUGUAUAUUGAAAUAACUUCAUCAGCAAAAUUUAAUAAUACAGCUCGUUUAAUUAGUCCUCAUUUAAUUGCUACAAUAAAAUGA